AUGUUUUGCAUCACUGAUCCCUCCAUCUUAACCGACUUUGCGGGGCAAGAACUACAGGCUCCCUGCCCUCGCAAGGAGUUGAAAGGGAGGACUAUCUAUACAUCUCGGGCGUUUAAAUCCACGGGCAGGAUUGGCCCGCCAGUUCUAUGCGACUUUGGUGCUGCAGUAUUUGCAGACCGCGAGAACAUCGCCUGUGUACAGCCCCACGUCUACCGGGCACCUGAGGUGAUUCUAAAAUGCCAUUGGGAUCACAAGAUUGACAUCUGGAAUGUCGGGUGUAUGGCCUGGAAUCUGUUUGAGGGUGACUUAUUAUUCCAUGCCAUCGACCGGGAACAUCUCGAGUAUCGUAGGAGGGCCCAUCUCGCAGAAAUUAUUGGGGUAUUAGGGCUUCCGCCAAAGGAUCUCCUUUCACGGGGCCAGCUCACUAAUAAAUUCUUUUCGGAUCAAGGCACAUAUAUUGGAGGAAUUCAACUACCGCCCCCAACACCGCUAGAAGAGCUGGAGGCGCUUCUUUCUGGGGACGAAAGAAGACAAUUCCUGGAAUUCAUGCGGAAGAUGCUCCAGUGGGCUCCGGAACAACGAAGUACUGCUAAUGAGCUGUGGUGCGACGACUGGCUACAAGAGAACACAUAA